UCGAUGACGGCCUGUCACGUCAGUCGAGCUGAAGGCGGGAUCCCUCUCUCCAGGAAGUGAUCAUUGUUUAUUUCUUUGCAAGGCAUGCGAGGGACCAGAUCACAAAAGCGUAGGUUGUCAUCUCCGGUGUAAAGAAUGGAUGCAACCCAGAUGAUAUGCGACUCAAUCUUGGAGUCAGACGAGGACGAAGAGAAUGCCGAUGCAAGAGCAGAGGCUGGGCCACUGGCGACCCUUCGUGUUUUUAAGAAUGAACAUAUACCUGAGAGAGUGCUACCUUUAUAUUUGGGAGAAAAUGUGCUUGGCCGUGACCCCAGCAGUUGCACCUUGCCCCUUCAUGCCCAGUCGGUAUCUAAGCAGCACACUGCCGUUUCCAUAUCCGUGUUUCCUGCCAGUUCUCGGCGUAUUUGUGCUUCUGUAGAGGCGCUAGUGUGGGACAUGGGAAGCAUGAAUGGGACUCGGAAGGGCCGCUUAAAAUUGACUCCACACGUCCGCUAUGCUCUGAGUGAUGGGGACAAUCUGAUGUUGGCGGACAUCCCAUGCCAGUACUCCAGCUGUGUGGACCCAGAGAGUCUUGUGAACAGAGGCUCUGCGGUGGCCAUAGAGUCUCAAGUCACCAGAGAAGAUGUCGAGGUACAUACAAAUGGACAUGCUGAGGAACCGACCAGGGCGUCGUUUGAUGAACGUGGAGAGAUGAUGGAGGCCCCGGCCAGGACCAAAGUCCUGUCCUUUGAGCAGACCCCCAACCAGCCAGAGGAUAGCCUGGUGCCACUGUCGGACUCGGACGAAGAGCGAGGGGGAAAGGACAGAUGGAGGAAGACACUUGUGUCUGGAUCUGACUCUCCUGUAACCAGUCCUAUCUUCCUGAGCCCUACAAACAAAAUCAUCCCAGAAAGCGAAGACGAGAGUCCCAUCACACCUUCUUUGUCUUCCAAACAUCAUCCUACACGAUGUGUCAGUACCGACAAUGACGAGCAAGACUUUGGUGCUUGGCAGCAGCGACUGAAGAACCAAAAAGCGGCAAAGUUUAACGCCAUUGACGGCAAGGAAGAGGAGGGAGAAGUAUCACCUGAAGGGACCGAGCCAGAGAAGAGUGAAGGAGGUGCACCGGAGAGCCUGGAGAACAGUGUCAGCACCUGGGCAGAAAGUGGGUUAGACCAGCCCGGGCCAGCGCCCCCCUCAGAACUCAUUCAAGUGCUGAACAUGGACAGUGACACCGAUGUGGAGGGAGAGGAGGAAAGCUCGGUGUCAGUAGGUCCUGGGAGCCCAAACCGAACACAACCAGCUCCAACUCCACCUACGGCUAAUGCACCCUCUAGCCAGUUGGGCCAGUUCAUCAUGGACAGUGACACGGAUGUCGACGAUGAAGACGAUGGCGUUGAUUCCUCGAGGGCGACAACGGCCGGUGAAGCAAACACCACAGAGUCCCCCGCUGAGGCUCCGGUCGCACAGCAGACGGACAGCGACACAGACGUGGAAGGCCAUGAUAAUGAUGAUAAUGAUGAAGAUGAUGAUGAGCCAGACGGGGUAAGCAAGGCGACACACGCGUCGCCUCAGAGUGAAAACACGCCGGUGUCGUGGGCCGGAUCCACAGAGCCGCCAGACUUCCACCUGGGGAGCGACACGGAUGUGGAGGAGGAGGAGGAGGAGGAGGAGGAGGAGGGCGAUGCCGCCGUCCCAAAGAGCACGCCUGCUACGGUAGAAGCAGAGUCCCGUGGAGUUGUGUUUGCUUCCGCUGCCCCGCCGAACUUCGACUCGGGCAGCGACACGGACGACGAUUUCCUCCUCCGCGAGGUAAAUAGCGCCCCCUCGAGCGAGGCUGCCCCCCCAACACCGGCCCCCGCUGCGGACCCCAGCGCUCACCUGGACAUCCUGUCGGACAGCGAUACCGAUGUGGAGGAGGACUCCCCUCUGAUCCCAUCCGCCGUCGCCUCGGCGGUAAAUGCCGGGCCGAAGUCAUCGGCCCCCCCGUCCUCAUCCGGUCCUAUUUCCCAGGCCGCAGCCCUGGGGCCCGACUCUGACGCGGAUACGGACGUGGAGGAGAUCCGCAGCAGCCCCGGGGCGGUGGACGUCCGCACGGAACCGGCUGACAGCAGGAUGGACAGUGACACGGACCUGGAGGAGGAGGGCGGAGAAGGGGGGACGGAGGGAGGCCCGGUGUCGUGUUCCUCUGACGUGAAGGACCAGGGGCACAGAGCCUCCUUACAGCGCUGUUCAACUCCGAUGCAACUGUCAGGACUAGCUGUCGCAGAGAUGGAAACUCAGGAAUACCUCUGUCCCUCAAUAGAUCCUUUCAAAUGCCCCAGGGUUCCAGCCCUCAGACCCAUGGUGUCAUUGUCCUGCUCAGACAGCCAGGGGGAAGACGACUUUGUUGUGGCCGAGACCCAGUCCUUCAUAGUGGCCGAGCGGGACCAGCAAUCCAGUCCCUCGAGGAACUACACCCUGGAUGAAACCCAGCCCUUCAUCCCACAGGGCACAUCCAGGGAUGAGGAUGGUUUGUCUGACAGCCUCCACCUGCAAGCCAAGGAUCAAGCUUUAGCUAUAGAGAGCACCCAAGCCUUUAUCCUCCCAGAUGUGAACCUGGAGGCUACCCAAGAUUACGCGACCCCUCCCUCUCUGGACAGGAGCUCCAUGGAGCUGAACUCAGAGCUGGAGGCCACCCAGAGCUACCUAGGGAGUGCGGGGUCCAACGGUCGCUCCCCUGGCUCCGGGAUCAAGCGUCCGUUGGAUAUCGCACUGGAGGCGACGCAGGCGUUCAUCCCGGAGUCUCUCAGCGAUGUGGAUGCUGUAGAGGUGAAAGAAGUGGGCACAAUGGAUAUUGCUUCCGCCGAAACUCAGCUGAUGGACUUCCCCUCUGGAUACACGCUUGCCAUGGCCGAGACCCAACCGAUGUGUGAACUGCAGGAAGACGACGGGGAAGAAGUACAGGGGGAGGAAGCUCGAGCGGUAUCGUUGGGGACCAACUCUCUCUCCUCGGCUGAAACACAGCCGAUGGCUACGUCCGGAGAUGAGGAUGAGGAUUCUGUUCCAGCUCCACGCAAAAGAAGAGCCCGGAGGCUCGUUGAAGAGGAGGACACGCAGGUUAUGACCGGUUCGGGGCCUACUGCAGCCGGAACCCAGCCUGUUUCUUCCACAAGUAGUGAUGAGAGUAAGGAAGAAGAGGACGAACGCCCGGUCCUCAAACAAAUACGAUCAAGGAACCAAAGAAGGCUACACGGUGAAACCAGCACGCGUGCUACCGCUGCAGGUCCAGCACCAGAAGCAGACUCUGACACAGCUCAGCAAGCGACAGGACGGCCUAGGAGAGGGAGAGGCCGAAAGCCUGGAGCUGCAACCAGUAGAGGAGGGAGAGAGGAGGAGGAGGAGGAGGAGGAGGAGGAGGAGGAGGAGGAGAAGGAGCAAGAGCCUCAGCCUCAGCCUCCAGAAUCUCUGAGGAGCAUGGGAUCAAAGGGAAUAGCCUCUUCCUCCACCAGAGGAGGAACAGGGGAUGUCAUGCCAGAGGAGGGGAGGGGAGAGGAGGAGGAGACGGAGGCUGAUCAGGUGAGGCAGGGCGGGAGGAGGACAACUAGACAACCACGGGAAAAUGCAAGAGGAAAGAAAGAAAGGCUUGAGAGGGAAAGCAAAGAGCAAGCAGAAAAUGAGAGGAUGCUACAGGAGCAGGAAGAACAAGUGAAGAUGGAGCAAGCUUUGAGGGAAGAAGAGGAGAAGCAGAGGAUGGAGAGGGACCAAAGGGAGAAGGAAGAACAGGAGAGACUGGAGCGGGACAGAGAGGAGAGGGAGAGAUUGGAGGUGGAGGAAAAAGAAAGACUAGAGAGGGAAAGAAAGGAACAAGAAGAAAAAGAGAGAUUGGAACGAAUACAAAGGGAAAAGGAAGAACAAGAAAGACUGCAGCAUGAAAAGAAAGAAAGGGAGGAGAGAGAGAGAUUAGAGAUGGAAGAAAAAGAACGAGUAGAGCGGAAACAAAAGGCCCGAGAAGAAAAAGAGAGAUUGGAAAAGGAAGAACACGAUAAACUGGAGCGUGAAAAGAAAGAAAUGGAAGAGAGAUUGGAGAAGGAAGAGCAAGAGAGACUGGAAUGUGAAAAGAAAGAAAGAGAAGAGAGAUUGGAGAAGGAAAAGCAAGAGAGAAUAGAGAACCAACGAAAGGAGCGAGAAAAAAAAGCGAGAUUGGAACAAAUACAAAAGGAAGAAGAAGAAAGAUCGGAGCAGGAAAGAAAAGAGCAAGAGGAGAGGGCGAGAGAAGAACAAGAGAGAUUGGAGAAAGAAAGAAGAGAACUGGAAGAAACAGCAAGGUUGGAACGUGAAGAGAAGGAACUCAGAGAGAAGGAGAGAUUACAACUAGAAGAAAAGGAGAGGGGAAGAAAGGAACUAGAAGAAAAAGAGAGAAAAAGAAAGGAACUAGAAGAAAAAGAGAGGGAAAGAAAAGAACUAGAAGAAAAAGAGAGAAAAAGAAAGGAACUAGAAGAAAAAGAGAGAUUAAAGAGAGAAAAAAGGGAGCAGGAAAGGGAGAGAUUGAGGCGUGAGAAGGACGAAAGACAACAGAAGGCGGCGUUGGAACGAGAAGAGAGGGAGAAGUGGAGAAGGGCGCAGGAAGAAGAGGCAGGCCGGGCACGACUAGAGACUGAGAAAAGAGCAAGGGAAGAGAUGGACAGACGUGAUGAAAGGGAGCGAUUGAUGAGGGACGCCCUGGAGAGACAGCUGCUAGAGCGACAACGGACAGACACAGCCCAGGCACAGAGUGACCAGCAGACACUCAGAACCACCAGGGGUCGGAGAGCCACCAGAACCAGCGCCGCCGCCCCGCCUGAGCCCGCCCCGGAGACGGAACAUGGGCCCGCCUCCAGAACCAGGUCCCGCUCCAACUCAUCCAACUCGGUCAGCUCAGAGAGGUCCGCCUCGAGCGCCACGGCCCAGGAGAGCGGGCGCGGCCGGGGCCGGGGCCGGGGAGCCAAGAAGACCCACCCUCCGUCCGUGGGGGCUGGGACCUCCGCCAGGGAGAGCAGGAGGUGCAGGACGGUCACCGGUGACGCCCCGGCCGAGAGCAGCGAUCCGGGCCGCUCCACCAGGUCACGGUCCAACUCCACCGAAUCCCUGAGCUCCGAGGUCUCGGCCUGCAGCAGCGCCCCGGGCAGAGGCAGAGGGGCCAGAGGAGCCGGGAGAGGGAGAGGCAGGAAGACCUUGCCGGCCCCGGAGACCAACCCCCAGCCCUCCAGCGGCGGUCAGAGUGAGGUGGCCCCGGCCCCCAGGGCCUCCGCCAGAGGCAGGAGAACGAAGGGACCCGAUGCCACCGCUGUCGAGGGGGGAGGAGACGGGGAAGAGGAGACAGUCUCUCAGCCGGCUGCCACCACUAGGGGGCACAGGCGAACCAACGCAGCACAACCUGGAGCCGUUGGUGCAGAGGAACGAGAGGGCACCCCAGAAGACUCAACUCUGGUAGCACGUAGCACCGCAGGCAGGGGCAGAGGUCGCAGAGCCCAGGUGAAGGCUGAGCCGGCAGUGGCUCCAGUGACCGUCGAUAGGACUGAUGUGGGGGAAGAUAAUGGUAGUGGAGAAGCGAAGGGGGUGGGGGAGCUUGAGAGUGAGCCCAAAGAGAAGAAACCCGCCCCGGUCCGGAGGGGCAGAGGGUCCGGUGCUCAGGUGAAGAGAAACCCAAAGGAGCCACCUACACAGGAGAUGGUGGCGAAAGAGGAGGAGGAGGAGACUAUUAAGGGGAAGGUUAGGAGAGGUCGACAGUCGGUGGCCAAGAAGGUCAAGAAUGAGGAGGUGGCGGGAGAAGGGGUGGCGCCUGCCCCCCAGGUCGUGGAGAGAGACGGCGGGACCUCAGAGGUGACCCAGACCCCCGCUGGGAAAUCUUCCCGGAAGCGAGGCGCGGCUCCGGCGGAGGCCUCUCCCCUGGCCAAGUCUCCCCGUGGCUCCCUGGCCUCCCCUGGGGCCCGGCUGAGGGCCGCCUGCCAACCCUACAAGGUGUUAUUCACAGGGCUGGUGGACGAGGUGGGGGAGGAGGUGGUGGUCCGGCUAGGGGGCAGCCUGGCGCUGGGCGUGUCGGACAUGACCCACCUGGUGACGGACAAGGUGCGCCGCACGGUCAAGUUCCUGUGCGCCAUGGCCAGGGGCAUCCCGGUGGUCACCACCCAGUGGCUGGAGCAGAGUGCAAAGGCUGGUGGCUUCCUGUCUCCUACAGCUUACAUUGUGAAGGACAUGGAGCAGGAGCAGAAGUUUAACUUCCGUCUACAGGAAUCCAUCAGGAUCGCCAGUAUCCAGCCUCUAUUACAGGGAUACCAGAUCCACGUCACCAAGUCGGUGAAGCCGGAGCCGACGCACAUGUUAGACAUAAUUUCCUGUUGUGGCGCGAGCUUCCUGGCCAAGAUGCCCUCUUGCAACAAGGAGCAGACAGUGGUGGUGUCCUGUGAGGAGGACUGGCCACUCUGCGGUCCAGCGCUGGCCGCCUCCCUGCCGGUGGUCAGUGCAGAGUUCCUCCUCACCGGGAUCCUCCAGCAGAAGGCCGACGUGGAGACCCACGCCCUGCCCUCAGCCCCCGCCACGACCGCCCCCCCUCAGCCCGCCAGAGGCAGGGGCCGGAGGAGGACGUAGGGGCCUUGUGGAGACGGAAGUCACUAGCACAGACCCUACACGUCGUCCGCCACCGUGAACACGUACUCUCGGCCGAAAUUGAAGGAACGCUGGAUCGGACGCAGCUAGCAUCGCUGCGUUGAGUUAGCCGUAGCUUGGAAUGCCUUGCUGGGCUUCCUACAAGGACUGCAGUAUUAACCUAAUGACUUGGAUCUUUAGCCACGCAAUCUAGAAAGUGAGGGCUUUUGAGAGCCCCCCCACCUCACUCACACCGCGCCACCCGCAUAGGCAAUGAUUGAAAAAUAAAAUCACCCUGACCCUUGUUUUUCUGUACAAAUUGUAAGGGACUUUGUAAUCGGUUUAUGUUUUACUGUGCAAACUGCCUUGAUCUUCAUAUUUCCUGAUUGAUUGGAAGGUUAAUGUAGCCUUUUCUGAGAGGGAUGAGGUAUGCUUUGUGCUUUUUUGUAUGAGUGAAUGCAUUCCUAUGCUAAUGUAUAUACAUAAAAAAAAACAGGUAAAGGAAUAAAUUUAUAAUGUUUGACAGUGCCUAUCACAUUUCUCUUUGUUUGGCCCCUGUCCCAUGCCUCACAUUGUAAAAAGGCCGGGCAAGGGAAAAGUUGGCCUGACCCUACAUUACAAUGACGUUGUAAAACAUUCAUUCCAAUAUUAGUUUUUACAGAUGAACUAUUGCCAUCUGGGAGUAGUACUGAAAAAAAGUUUGAAACCAAGCAUGUUGAAUACUAUGGCCUGUAAUUAAAUGUUUGUUCCAUGUUUCCACUAUUUUUUCAAUGAUAAACCUCAGCACUUAGUUAAGUUGUGGCAAUGCUGUAUAAAAAUCGAAUAAAGGAUUGUAUCAUCUAUCCUUAUUGGUCGCUCGGUUGGUACUUAUUUGAUGUUUCAUUGAUUUUCUUGUCUUAUUUUGCUAUUAAAUAAAAUUAUAUUUGAUAUGAA